AGGCAACUUCAGAGCUGGAGAGAAGGGAGAGAGAAGAGAAGAUAGAGCUUUACGGGAUCUUAGAAUUGUGGAAGAAUUUUAAACAUGUAAAAAAGCGAGGCAAUGUGGUUUAACCUUGUGUGUCCGGGAAAUGGAAUUAACAAAUGGAUUUUCUUAAACACGCUCUCUCCCUCUGUUUCUCUCUCUCCCUCUCUCAUUGGGGGGAAAAAAAUAGAGCGCUCAAAUGAAGGGGACACAGAUCUGGAUUAAAACGCAUAAAUGGGACACUCCAGAGAAGCAUCCGCUGAGAAAAGUGCUCGGAGCAAGUGACUGUGAUGGGCUGUCGGACUGCAUCUGAAGUACUCCACCAAAGAAUAAUAUCCGCUCCUGACCUACUCUGAAAAACAAUAUUUGAUUCAAUCCAUGUUACAGUCUCCCCCGGAGGGAAUUACUCCUGAGUAAUAGGUGGAACCUCAGAAAAGAGCAACAGUGGACCAUGUGAUACUUGACCUUCAAAGAGAGAACUCGGGUACACUCCAGAAGAUGUCAAAUCUGAUCUGAGGCUUCUCUCGAGAGGAACACCCAGCUCAUAAUUCAAUCUUUUCAUGUGUUGUUCAGCAAUACUCAGACAUCAUGGGCCAUCAGUGAAAUAGCGUAGAUAUCAAUGCUGGAUCUUCAUUUAUUGAGGAGUACCGGACAUCUCAUCAUGGAUUUGAAUGAGAUUUUCUUCACCAAAGAGCAACUGUAAGAAAGACUGGAGCGUGGGGGAACCGGACACUGGGGGUUGGGAGGAUUAGCUAGUGUGCUGCUAACCCAUGGUGGAUCUGCUGUGAGCAGGAUAAGGGACUCAGCAGUGGAGGAUGUCAGCGGAGGCCGAGCUCCAGCCGGGUGUCAAAACCAGCCAGCGAAGGGAGUCCAGGAGGAUUAAAGGUCAGGACCGCAGUGAGGUGGGGCUUAUUAAGCGUUUCCGUGGAGAUGGCGUGCGCUACAAGGCCAAGCUGAUCGGGAUUGAUGAGGUGACGGCAGCACGCGGGGACAAGCUGUGCCAGGACUCCAUGAUGAAGCUGAAGGGAAUGGCUUCCUCGGCACGUUCCAAAGGGGAGCACAAGCAGAGAGUGUUCUUGACGGUCUCUUUCGGUGGGAUCAAGAUUUACUGUGAGAGAUCCGGGGUGCUCAUGCAUCACCACUCAGUCCAUGAGAUCAGCUACAUCGCGAAGGACACCAGGGACCACCGGGCCUUUGGUUACGUCUGCGGGAAGGAGGGCCACCACAAGUUUGUGGCCGUCAAGACCGCGCAAUCGGCGGAGCCUCUCAUCAUUGACCUGCGCGACCUCUUUACGCUCAUCUAUGACAUUAAACAGCGGGAGGAGAUGGAGAAGAAGGCCCAGAAGGACAAACAGUGUGAGCAGGCAGUCUACCAGACCAUCCUGGAGGACGAAGUGGACGAUCCCGUUUACCAGUACAUAGUGUUUGAGGCUGGACACGAACCCCUCCGUGGCCCCCAGUCAGAGGAGAGCGUUUAUCAGGUCCCAACCAGUCAGCAGAAGGAAGGGAUCUAUGAUGUCCCAAAACGCCAUUUCAUGACUAACAUCAACCACUUUGAUCUUUUCGGUGACAUGUCCACUCCUCCCUCGAUGCCCCCAUCACCUGCCAACACACUGGACCCAAGCAGGUGCAGUCGCCAGCAGCAACACACUCCUGCUGAGUUGUACGCCCCCUUCAGCCCCACCUCUGUGCCGUCAGGUUAUAUGAGCAUGGGUCCGGUGCAGGCGGCCCAGUGGGCGCAGCAGCCGUUUCCUGCCCAGGCCCAGACUCUGGCCUUCCCUGUGCAGGGGCCCCUCCAGGUGGCUCAGGUCCUCCCUGGUGGUCAGCCAGUCAUCUGGAGCCAGGCCAACAUUUUCCCGGCCACCCAGCAGCAGUGGGCGGCCAUGGCAGCCUACAUGCCGGCACAGACCGUGGGCGUGGGAGGGCACGCCAUACCAGCUGCCAUGCUCCAAGGCCUGGUACCCAUUACCACCAUGUGCCCCCAAGCCUGCGACAUAUCAGCCCCCUCCUCUGCCAUCACCAGCCCCCAGCACACAGCCGACCCCAGCCUGCUGCAGAGGCAGCUGAGCCUGGGGAGGGAAGGCCUCGGCAUGGACUCAGAUGCAGGCGAGGGCCCCUCUACAUCAGGAGCCAGAGCAGCAGGUGUGGGACCUGGCGUGGCGUCUGCAGCGGUGAGCAGGUGUGGGACCCCAGGCCUUAUGGGUGUACCUGACACACUGGACUGCAGUCAGCUGCUGCUGCCUCCGUCAGCUGCCGCAAACCAGGAAGAGGAAGGGAGCUGUAGUGACCUUGAUCUCUCUAGGAUGACCUUGAGCCCCGGUACAUCCACAUCACCGUCUACUGAAUCCCCAUCCACUCCUGCCCCUCCGCUGAGCUUGUCUUCAGACUGCCCUCCUUCCCAGGCCAGUGACCCCCCCACAGAUCACUCCCCUGGAGACCCAGUGGGCAACUGCAGCAACGUUAAGGAGGGACAAUCGGCCAGUAUUGAUCAGGUUGUGUUUACACAGAGAACUGAGCAGUGCCUUCUACUUUUUCAGUCCCAACAAACAACCAUGGUUCCUGUGGUGAUACGAGUGAUGAGUGCCCUCAGUUUGCGGUGCUGUCUACUUUAUGGUACUUUGUGCUUGGUGCUGCUAAGUAAAGUUGUCGUGACAACAGCAAGCGAUGAAGAGCCUAGUGUUCGUGAUGCUCGGUCAGUGGGCGAUCAGGUGCUAGUUCGUCCAGUGGACUGUGUUUUAUCAGAGUGGAACUCGUGGUCACGCUGUGACACCUGUCAGAAAAAAAGAUAUCGCUUUGCUAAACUGGUCCAGCCGUCUCUGUUUGGGGGGCAGCCAUGCAAUUUUCAUGACAGGGAGGAAGAGGCCUGUAACGUGUCAUCCCGGUACACCUGUGACAAUGUUCCUUUAUGUGAGGGAUUCCUCUGUGCCCAAACAGGUCGUUGUAUUCACAGAACUCUGCAGUGUAGUGGGGAGGAUGACUGUGGGGACAUGUCAGACGAAGUUGGCUGUAAAAAGGUGCCAAAACCCUGCAGGCAGGAGGCUGAAGAGUACUGGGGAAUCGAAAAUCUUGCCAAAGGAAUUAACAUCUUGAACAGUGACCUGGAGGGAGUGGUGCUUGAUAACAGAUACUAUGCUGGCAGCUGCUUGCCACACUUCAUCCAAGAUGUCAGAUUCAGGAAGCCUUACAAUUUGCAACAGUACACUGUGCAGACAAAAGGCUCAUAUGAUUUCACCUUGGAGGCUUUCGACUCAUACUCUGAGUACAUGGACCACACCAUAAAGGAGCGCUCGACCCAAACCUCUUUUUCCAUUGGCUUUGCCGUUCCAGGAGUAGCUGAAUUUGGCUUUGACUUUAAAGAUGAGAAAUACACCAAGGCAGAACGGAAGAUUCGCCGUGCUUCUGGCAAGACUAACAGUUUUGUGAGAGCCAAAGUCGAACUGGAGCUGGCCCAGUAUAUGUUGAAAUCAGAUGAUUUGAUGCUCCAUCCUGAGUUCCUGCAGCGCCUGCGCUCCUUGCCACAGUCCUAUGUUUAUGGGGAAUACAGAGAGAUCUACAGGGACUACGGCACCCACUACAUCACAGAGGCAGCUCUUGGAGGAGACUAUGAGCACACCAUUAUCCUGGACAAGGAAAAGCUUGAGAAGACAGAUUAUUCUUUGGACGACUACAAACGCUGUACGGAGGCAGGCCUUAAGGUUGGGGCCAACAUUGAAGGUGUUUACGUGUCUGUGGGUUUCUCAGGUGGAUCUUGUGAUGGUCUGCUGAAUGAGAUGGGAGAGGACACAGUAAAUGGCCGCAUGGUGGAGGACUUUGUUGCCGUUGUAAGGGGUGGAAGUAGUGAAUCCAUCUCUGCUUUGGUGUCUAAAAAGCUUCCCACCCCGCAGCUAAUGGGGCUCUGGGGCGAAGGCGUGCACUUUAACCCCGACUUCAUUCGCAAAACAACAAAACCGCUGUAUGAGCUGGUGAACUCCAGGGACUUUUCCCAGGAUGCCACCCUGAAAAGAAACCUAAAGAAAGCACUGGCCGAGUACCUGGCAGAGGCUAGUCCGUGCCGAUGUGCUCCCUGCCUCAACAACGGCGUGGCCGUUUUGAAAGGCACCAGGUGUGACUGUGUCUGUCCUGUUGGCUACUCUGGACGGGGCUGUGAGAUCACUACUAGGCGAAAAGAUGCAAGCAUUGAUGGCAGCUGGAGCUGCUGGGGCGCGUGGUCAUCCUGCAGUGGAAGAACAAUGAUGAGGAGUCGACAGUGUAACAACCCAGAUCCCAGCAAUGGAGGCCUGGCGUGCAGAGGACUGCAGCAGGAGUCUACUGAAUGCAUUUAA